AUGGGGCUGCGCUGCCGCAUAUGCGGCAGCACCAACUUUAGCCAGGAUGAUGGUGAUUCUUUGGGACAAUAUAUUUGCAAUGCCUGUGGCACCCUAUCGCAGGAUGUCCGCAACGAAGAGGCAGAGGCUUCAGCCAUCAACUUUAUGGGGCGCACCGUCACUCGCAAAAAACCCAAGGGCCCCAAACUAGAAGCGCCAAGCGUCGAUGUAGGAGAGUGCAUUCAACGAUAUCUGACGCUCUUCCGAAGAUUGCUCCGGAUGCAGGCCACGGAGCUCAUCGAAUGCUGUGCUCUCGGGCCGGAAUAUUGGCCGUUUGUGGAGCUGCUGGCCACCAAGGUGGUGGCCUUGGCGCUGACCCGUGGCAAACCCAAUGAUUCCGAGCCCAAUGAAGCCAUGGGCCCUGCCACGGCAGCGCCCGCCGAGGCUGCCAGCAAUGCCGCCGUUAUGACUCAGGGGGCCACCGCGGAAGCUGCAUCAAAGGAAAGCUCAUCGAAGCCUGAGGCAGACGUGCGCUCACCUUUUCAGCCUCUCCGAGUGGAUCGCAGCCAUCACGUUUACCAGCUCAAUUGCUUACCACAGCCACACUUUACCUUGCUUCUUCACGGCAUAGCCUUGCGCUACUUUCGCAUUCCAGUGACCAGCGUGCAACUGCUGCACAUGUGCCACGAGUCGCGCUCACUUGCAGUGAGUGGCCCUCCGCACCGCAGUGGGUGGCUAAUGCACAACAGCAUCAUGGCCUGGGCGCGCGUGCUCGGGGUGGAUCUGCCCGCACAAGUCGCGGUGCAACCCAUUGCCACGGAUCUUUGCGCGCGACUGCGUUUGCCGACGCUGGCGCCAUUGGUCCAUCGUUUACUGGAGCUGGCGGAGAGCGCAGUGGAUCAGUCAUCGUCCACUCGCGGUGGCAAUUCCGCUUGGUUGCUGGUUCCAGACACGGUGCCCGAGGUGGAAGAGGCCAUGGCUGCCAUCGUUGUGGUGCUACUACUCAUCUACAACUUUAACGAUGAAGAUGAGUGGCGUGUGUCGCUCCCGGUCACGCGCAAGCGGCAUAAUCUGUGGGCCAAUGACGUACAUGCCGUCGGCACCAGCCGCGGUGGUUUGGCUGGCAUCAGCUGGGCCGAGGUGCGUGCAGGGGCAUGGCAGAAUGCCGCUACGCACCGUGGCAUAGAGUUGACACUGAGGCCCUUCAUGUCUCUGGAAGCAGAGACAAACAUUUUCAAGAAGGUCAAGGCGAGCACUUUGUUAAGGCGAAAGUUUUAUCAAUGUGAGCCCGAGGACGCGCGUCGAUUGGGUCAUGUGGCUUUCAAACCACACACGAUGGCUCAGAAGAGCGACGAAGCUCCACCCGCCAAGAUGGCCCUGCGCACUGCCUGCUUCUUUGAAGAGUUUUACGGCAACCGAACCGACAAGGCCGACCAUGCCAUGUUCUUACGAGCCAUGAACCUGAUGCAAGCACACCACCUGCGUGUGUUUGUGCCGGCUAUGACGGACUGGCUAGAGAAGUGGCGGUCGGGCUCCAAAAGGGAAAAGCUGAGCUGGCGGCGACAAGUCCUCGGCUCUAGUGCUGCAAAGCCGUCCAAUAAAGCAGGGGAAGCACUGCGCCAGUUUGCCUCGACCUUUGAGGAGUUGGGGUCGGCCGCAGAGGAAGCAACCUCGGAUGAUGAGAGUGACAGCGGUGACGCACUUCCCUCAGACGAGCUGCCUGCCAUGCCGCUCAAUGUGCAGAACAUGGCCCAUGCGACCGCCUGCAAUGUUUCCACACUGUUCUCCAGCUUGGAAGCGACGCCCCUGGCAUACCAGGAGGCACUUGCAAUUUGUGCUCGACAAGCUGGUUGCUAUCAAAGCACGCUGCAUGAGGCGGCGGGUCGCUUCUUUGAGCGCAUCAAACCCGGUCUGGAGCGUAUUCAAGAUGAGGACAUUGAGCUGGGGCUUGGGCUCUCCACCCUAGGGCUGAAGGGCAUCUGUCCCUUUUGCAACGCUUCGCUUCCCCGCCACGACUCCGCUCCGUCCCACAUUGGCGACUGCCAUGGUUUGACCCAGCGCGUGGCGCAGGAGUAUGUUCAAGUGCGGCUGUGCCGAGCCCUCGACCUGGUCAAGCCUGGUCCAAUUCAACAGCCCAGUGCCAGUGGCUCUUCUCGCCCGAGGCAAGAAACCACUGUCCUUGAGACGAAUUUGACCGAUGAGGACGAGUAG